CUUUAAAAACUUGGCGGGUCCGUCAAGAAGGUGAAUUCAGUGUUAAAUCGGAAAUCAUUCAGAUUGGAGUCGUUCUCGGUUGAGGUGGCUUAUUAACUUGCACUGCGGGUCGGUCGAAUUUCUAGUUUUAUUUUAAAAAUCUCUUUUAUCAAAACGCCAAAAUGAGUACUCUGGAAACCGAUAAGUUGCUAUUCGAAGUAAGAAAUCUGCACGUCCCAUUGCUGGAGGAGGUUCAGUCGGUGUUGGUCAAAAAACUCCCAGAAAACUUUGCCUCUGUGGAAGUGAAAAUAGUGGAUUGUCCAAAUCUAACAGAAGAACCGUUUCGGUUGACAACUCCAGGUCUUGGUGGAUCUCCUACUCUAAUCGAAAUCGGUGGCAAUGCGUUCAUGAUGCCAUUGGCUGACCUUACCAAAAUAUAUAACGUAAAGGAAAUUAUUGAAAAAUCUUUGGAUGGCGCUGAUAGCAACCUAUAUGCUAUUGGAGCCGGAGCCGGGCCAUUCCCUUCUAUCGGAAAAAACUCCGAAGGGAUAUACAAUGUGAAAAUUUCAAAACAAGGAGACAUUGAAAAUAGGAGCUACAUUUCAAAAGUUGAGGGACCUAAUGAAGAAUGCGAAGUGGGUCGAGUGAAGCCAUGUGAAAACAAACUCGGAAUACUGGGAAACUUAUUCGCAUGUCAAGGUAUCGAAGGAAAAGUACUGAAAGUACACUGCAAAAAACGAAUUGGUGGUCUCAAUUUUAUCGAAAGUAUUCGACUUGCCCUAACAGAACAUUUUGGCUCUAAAGCUGUUGGCCUUGGAGGUAUAUUCCUGCUCAAACAAGGUGCGGCAAAACAGCACGUCAUGAGAGAUUUCCCAAAAAAGCCAAUCAAUAGUGAGGCAGAAUUGAACAAGUGGUUGGCAUUCUAUGAAAUGCCAGCAGUUCUGAAUGCCGUUGGCACGCUGGUCACACAGGAAAUGGAUGUUGAUCUCCGACUUCAGCACUUCCACAGUUUUUCGGACAAGUGGGCUGGGCACUAUCACUACGACACCACGCCAGACAUAGUUGAAUACGAAGGUUAUUUUAAUAUAGGCGAGAAAGUUGUUCGAGUUGAUAAACCUACGCAUACACAUCAACUUGGCAGGGAUUGAUGCUUUUUGAUUAAAAAAUAAGUAUUUAAAAAAAAUCUAAAAAAAGCUGUAACUUGACUGCCUCCUGUGAGGAUUGAACUCACGACCCCUGGUUUACAAGACCAGUGCUCUGCCACUGAGCUAAAGAGGCUGUGAACACGUUCUAGCAAGAUGAAUAUUUUCCUAUGAUACCAUCACAUAUUGAAAAAUUAAUAAAGUUGGAGAAAAUAGAACAGCAAA